AUGUACGCUUCAACGUCAAACUACCAUCCGCCGGCGGAUAGACCAAAUAGUGGUCAGGAGAAACACUACCAACUCAGAAUUUUGCAGCAGCCUGUCCGAGCCAGGAUGUGUGGUUUUGGUGAUAAGGACCGAAGGUUGUUGACCCCACCCGUUAUUGUCGAGCUAUUGGUGUAUGAUUCACAUACGGGUAUGCAGAUAAAUGCUGACGAAGUGGACAUAUCAUUUUUUGUUCUGAACGCAGACCUUUGGGACUCACGCGGAACUCAUGAACUCAACAUUGUCAUGCAUCCAGUUUUCUGCAAUCCCGAGUCUACGGCCAGCUAUCCACCAACGCGGAAUGAUCACGCACCAGUUGCGGGACCCUCCUCGCAAAAAUCAGCCAUAUCCAACCUCAUCCAUCCCGGCGGAACCAAUGAAGGUCCAAUCGCCCAAUACUAUUCGCGGCCUGCUUUAGACGGUCCUGCAAAACCAAACGGAGAAAUAGCGUAUACUCGCAACCUGAUUGGAGCCCUGGCUCAAAGCGCAUCAAAGCUCAAAGGGAUGGAUGGACAGCCUGGCAUAUUUUUCAUAUUUCAUGAUCUCUCCGUUCGCACGGAGGGACUGUUCUGUCUCAGGUUCACGUUCGUUGUCCUAGGAAAUCACAUCCGCAACACCGACCAACCAACAGACAUUUUGGCGUCAACCCUCAGUGAGCCAUUCCAAGUGUACUCCGCGAAGAAAUUUCCCGGAAUGCUAGGCCCGACACCAUUAACAAAACACUUUUCGAGCCAAAGAGUCAGAAUACCUACAAGGAGACGUAAAGCGAAAGACGAAGGAACGGAAAGUACCGAUGAGGACGGGGAAGAUGAUGAUGUUUGA